AUUACAUCCAAGUAAAGAACCAAGACGAACAUCUCCCUCAACUCCGAUCUAGAAACUGUCUAUCUUCUCAAUACAGUUCCAGAAACUGUCUCACCCUCAAUUAAGGUUCGAAAAUCGUCUACCUUUCCUUCUGGUGCUUCUUCUUCACUUACGAGUCUACAAUGGCCAUUGCAAACACCCCCAAGACUGUAGCAGGGAAACCUGUGGGCCCUAUCGGCUAUGGCAUGAUGAAUCUCACCAUGUCCGGUAAGAUCUCACACGAGGAGGCCAUCAAGCCAAUGAAGGCAGCGGUCGAGAAUGGCGUCAACUUCUGGAAUGCGGCGACCUUCUACGGCCCCCCCAAUGCCAACUCCCUACACCUUCUCAAGUACUACUUCACCAAGUAUCCCGAGGAUGCGUCGCGCAUUGUGCUCAGCCUCAAGGGCGCUUACGAAAUCAGGACACAGGCGCCCAAUGGCAGCCCCGAGGGCCUGCGCGCCGCCGUUGAGGAGUCCCUGCGCGUGCUCGACGGGGUCAAGACCAUCGACCUGUUCGCGCUGGCGCGCAUCGACGGCAAAGUGCCCGUGGAGACCUCGGUGCAGGUUCUGGCGGAGCUGAUCCGCGAGGGCAAGAUUGGGUCGUACGGGCUCAGCGAGGUCACCUCCACGACCAUCCGUCGCGCCUAUGCCGUGCACCCGCCCGCCGCGGUUGAGGAGGAGCUGAGCCUGUUCGAUCGCUACGUUCUCCACAAGGGCGGCGUGGCCGACACGUGCCGCGAGCUGGGCAUCCCGCUCGUGGGCUACAGCCCCCUGGGCAGUGGCUGGUUGACAGGCCAGUUGAAGACACUGGAUGAUUUGGCAGCUGAUGACUAUCGUCGCUACUUCCCGCGCUUCCAGCCUGGCGCCUUCGAGAAGAACAUCAAGCUAGUCGAGUCCGUGGAGGCGCUCGCCAUGAAGAAGGGCAUAACGCCUGCCCAAGUUGCCAUUGCCUGGGUUCUGCGCCAAGGGGCGAUCGCUAUCCCUGGUGCGACCAAAGUGCCUCGAGUCGAGGAGAACAGCAAGAUUGUUGACCUGACCGAUGCCGAGGCGUUAGAGCUUCAGAAGGCUGUGGACCACACGGCAGUCGCCGGCGACCGGUACCCAGAGGCGGCCAGUAAGCAUUUGAGCAAAUAGGUGCCUGAAGGGGCGUAGCAGUCCAUUAUUUAGAUAUCUGGCUACCACCAUCUGUGGAGUCCCCAAACUCUACCACGUAAAGUCUUCACAAAAAGUUUAUUAAAACUUUAUAAUUAAAUGAGCUUGUAUUAG